AAGCCUCUGCAUUUAGAUUUGUUACCUUGUCAAAUCAAAGUUACACGGGACUUGUUUUUUGUUUUAACCAUGUUGAAGAAUCUGGCAGAGAGAUGUGCAUGGCCCCACUAUCUCACUCAAUCUUUCAAUUGCUAACUGAAGGACAGGCAGGGUAGCUGUGAUAUUUUCACUACUUCAAGACUGAUUUCAAAUUAUCAAUGAUUAUUUGACAGUUCAUGGGCUCACCACCAUGUGUGUAUGUUACAGCAUUCAGCUUCAAUUAUACUUCCUAUUUAGAGUAAACCAUGGGCCUGGAACCUGGAAAAGAUCCUGAGAGAUUUGAAUGAGUACCCUUGGGUGGGAAACAGCUUAGUUUUCCCUAUUUAUAUAUGUAUGUUUGUAUAUAUAUUUCAUAGACUUCGUUUGUAUAUAUAAUUAACUGCUCUUGCCAUUACAUUGUUAAGCACAGUAUGCAUUAUUGUAAGGUUUGACUGAUCAUGCCUAUCUAUCAUGUGAUAAUGACUGUUCAAUGCACAACCGAAAGUGUCUUACUGCAUUAUUGUGAAUAAUGGAUCUGACUUGUGGUGGUGGUGAUUAGCGCGAAUUCCUUGCUUAAUGCUGCAAUUAUGUUGAUGUUGAAUAUGUUAGGAAGAGAUUUUCUGUGGUUAAAAGAAGAAGAAGAAAACUAGGUUCUGUUUCGUCCAUUCAAAGAAACACAAGAUACAAACGGAGAAGGUAGCUUUCGCUUGUGGGGUACCAGAAGCAUCUUCUUGAUGAUUCAUGUAUGUGGUUCAGAAGUUUCAAGGUCAAACCAAUCUAUUAACUCUAUCAUCAUGAAAUUUUAGCGUGUAGGUCAUGAGCACUAUACCCACACAAGAUUAUCCAGUGUUUUUGUGGGAUUCCCUUCAAUGAUUGUUAACUUAUCUGAUUAUUAAAUCAUUCAGGGGGUAAAAAUCUGUAGAGAAAAUGAACUAGGUUGCAAAAAUAAAACAUUGUAGAAUUAUUAGACCUUUCCAUGUUAUAAUUUGUUAGCCUGAAGAUCAGAAUGUCAAAAAUAGGUGAGAUCAACUUCUGACCAAAAUGGUAGUGGAGGUUACUGUUGAGCUUACCAGAGUAGUGCUAGCUACUUCACUAUAAAGAGAGGUUAGAAACAACCUGAGCAUAUCAGAAUAACAUAUCCUUGAUUCUGUUCUCGCUCUUUCUUCAGCUAAAAUCAUUGAGAUCAUGGCAGAGAAGAUGACUUGGUCUGUUGCUGAUGCAGUAGAUUACAAGGGAUUCCCGGCUGACAAAUCCAAAACUGGCGGUUGGGUACCUGCUGCACUUAGCUUAGGCAUUGAGAUAUGCGAGAGGCUCUCAACAAUGGGAAUAGCAGUUAACCUUGUGACGUACCUGGAAGGAACAAUGCAUUUGGCAAGUGCAACCUCUGCCAACAUUGUGACAGACUUCAUGGGCACUGCUUUUCUGCUUUGUCUGCUAGGUGGCUUUCUCGCUGAUUCCUUCUUAGGCAGAUACAAAACAAUUGCAAUAUUUGCUACAGUUCAAACUCUUGGGACUGGUCUGCUAGCAAUAUCAACCAAGCUGCCAGAGCUACGCCCACAUCCUUGCCAAACUGUUGAAGUGACCAGAUGCAAACAAGCUACUGGAACUCAAAUGGGAGUUCUAUAUCUUUCCUUAUAUCUAAUUGCAUUAGGGACUGGUGGUCUAAAAUCAAGUGUAUCUGGUUUUGGAACUGAUCAGUUUGACGAGAAAGAUGAGAAGGAGAAAUCCCAGAUGGCCUACUUCUUCAAUAGGUUCUUUUUUGUUGUUAGCACAGGGACUUUUAUGGCUGUUACAGUGCUUGUUUACAUACAGGAUGAAGUUGGUCGGAGCUGGGGUUAUGGAAUUUGCUCAAUAUCAAUGUUUGUUGCUAUCUUGAUAUUUUUAUCAGGAACUAGAAAAUAUAGGUACAAGAAGUCCCAGGGAAGUCCCGUUGUCCAAAUUUACCAAGUUAUUGUGGCUGCUCUAAGGAAGAAAAGUGUUGAAUUGCCUGCAAAUUCUACCAUGUUAUAUGAGGAUUUACCCGAAAACAAGAGAAUCCAUCACACAAAUCAGUUCAGUUUCUUGGACAAGGCUUGUGUUAUCACAGAAGACGAUUACGGAAACAAUGGAUCCUUGGCUGCAAAUCCUUGGAAACUUAUUCCAGUCACAAGAGUAGAGGAGGUGAAAAUGAUGAUCCGGCUUCUUCCCAUUUGGGCAACAACAAUCAUAUUUUGGACAACAUAUGCUCAGAUGAUAACUUUCUCAGUAGAACAAGCAUCGACCAUGGAAAGAUCAGUUGGAAACUUCCAAAUUCCAGCUGGUUCCCUCACUGUCUUCUUUGUUGCAGCCAUAUUAAUCACUUUGGCCAUCUAUGAUCGAUUUGUUAUGCCACUCUGGAAAAAGUGGAAAGGCAAACCAGGAUUCAGCAACCUGCAAAGGAUAGCCAUUGGCCUUUUCCUGUCAGCCAUGGGAAUGACAGCUGCAGCAAUAGCAGAAAUAAGACGACUCUCAGUGGCAAAAACCUUCGGCCUCAACACCACCACCACCACCACCACCACAAAACCUCUCCCCAUCACUGUCUUCCUCUUGAUCCCACAAUUCUUCCUCGUGGGAGCUGGAGAAGCCUUCAUCUACACUGGCCAGCUCGAUUUCUUCAUCACUCAAUCACCAAAGGGCAUGAAAACAAUGAGCACAGGCCUUUUCCUCACAACUCUAUCCCUUGGAUUCUUCUUUAGCAGUCUGUUAGUCUCCGUCGUCAAGGCUGUAACUGGGAACGGUAACAGGCAGGGAUGGGUUGGUGAGAACAUCAACAAUGGCAGACUGGAUUAUUUCUAUGGACUUUUAGCUGCUUUAAGCUUCAUUAACUUCGGAUUGUUUGUGUUAUGUGCUUACUGGUACAAGCGAAGAACUGAUAAAAAUGUUGAGGACAUGAAGAUCAUUGUAGUUGAUGAUGAAAACAAAGGAAAUAGCAGUUUAUGAUAGUAUGAUAUAUGGGAUGCCUUGCCUGUUAAUUCAUCUUUUGUUCAUCAACUUUUGCAAGUGAUUAAGUGUGGUCUCUGGGUUUUUUGUUUGGCUUUCAGAUUGUAAGCGUAAAUGUUUCCGAGUGUAUUUAUAUAAAAAAAAAAAAAAAAAAAAAGAAAGAAAAGUGUACCCGAGUGCAUGAUUGAGUAUAGUUCGGA